AUGUAUAAGAGUGAAGUGAAUAUUUUGGAGAAAGCUUCGUUGUACCAUUUAUGUCUUUCUUAUAAAAAAACGACUGAUGCACCAAAUGCAGAAGACUUCAUAUCGUUUUGCCAAAAUAAUUUAAAUAGUGAAAUUUGCAAAAGUAUAGAUACUUUAACAAUAUUGCAGUCACAAUCUAAAGCCUGGUUUGAUGUUAGAUAUGCGAGAAUAACAGCUUCAAAGCUGCAUGAAGUUGCUCACUGCAAAACUGUUGAUGGAGCUACAACUGCUGCAGUUCUGGCAGCAUCAAAAUUUAGAGGAACAAAGACCAUGAAAAGAGGCCUUAACCUUGAAGAAGAUGUCUUAAAAGUCAUAGCUGAGGAGAAAAAUAUUAAAUUAGAAAGAGUAGGAAUGACCAUAAAUCAUAUGUACCCAAUAUUUGGUGCCUCGGCAGAUGCAAUGUCUGAUAAAUAUUGCGUUGAAAUAAAAUGUCCAAUAAAGACAAAUACUGUAAAAAAUUACAUUACGCCAGAGGGUGAAAUAACUCCUAAACCAUAUGCACAACUGCAGCUGCAAAUGUUUCUUAGUAAAAAACAAUGGGGUUUAUUUUGCGUUGCAUCUCCAUCUUUUGAAACGGACAGAAAUGUGACUAUAAAGGAAAUUCCUUUGGAUGAAAAUUUUUGUCACAAUGUAAUGGAGCAGGCACAAGCUUUUUGGAAAAAACCGAUUUUUCCAAUUUUAAUUAACUGA